AUGGAUUCUGAGGCACUAAAUGAUGUUCCCGAAGUCAUUUUUGACCUGGAUGUUAGACCGUACCAAUACGAGCCGAAUUUACAUCAUGCAAGAGAAACUUCCAGUGAAGAUGAAGGAGAAGAAUCCAGCGAAACGGAGGCACCACUUGAUGUCAACAUCGGAAGACUCGGGAACACAGACUGGUGUGACUGUGGUGAGUGCAUCCCUAUGCCAACUGGUCUUGAAAGUAAGUGUUGCCAGGAGAUUCAGCAAACGGAACAUUUGUGCGAAGAAGCAGCUGUGGAGUGGAUCACUGAACACUCAUAUUUUGUGGACAAUUGUCUGAAGAGAGGAGUCGUUUGGGUUUCAUUACUGGAGUUUGUUCAGCAGGAUGGACCACUUGACGACAACGAGCCAGUACAUGAGUAA